GCAGUAGGUGGCGGUAUGUAUCUAAAUUAGUAUGUGAACAGCAAUUAAGAAUACAGAGAAACCUUCAUUUAUCAGUAGGUCUGUGGCCCGGUGCUGGUGGUAACCUGUUUUCAGUUUGUGGAGAAGCCUUUAAAUAUCUUCGGAGAUGCCGCGAGUAUAUAUUGGCAAACUUAGCUAUCAUAUUCGAGAGGAAGACAUCCAAAGAUUUUUUAGAGGUUAUGGUAAAUUAUUAGAGAUCGACCUGAAAAAUGGGUAUGGCUUUGUGGAGUUUGAGGACAUGCGAGAUGCUGAUGAUGCGGUAUAUGAACUGAAUGGAAAGGAGAUGUGUGGGGAGAGAGUCAUCAUUGAACAUGCCCGUGGACAAAGGAGAGGUGGAUCUUCAGGACACAGUGGCGGUAACAGCAGCGGGAAUCGCUCUACCAGGGACAAGUAUGGGCCACCUGUACGCACCGACCACCGCCUCAUUGUGGAGAACCUGUCCAGCAAGUGCAGCUGGCAGGACCUUAAGGAUUUUAUGCGGCAAGCAGGUGAAGUCGCCUACGCUGAUGCUCAUAAAGGACGGGCCAAUGAGGGCGUCAUUGAGUUUCGAUCCCACUCAGACAUGAAACAAGCCCUGGAAAAGCUAGAUGGCACUUAUAUUAAUGGGAGGAAGAUUCAUCUGGUGGAAAACAAACAUCGGCCCUGGUUCUCUUGUUCUAGCAGCAGAUCCAGGUCUUGUAGCAGGCAGCGCUCACAUAGCCACAGCCGAAGAAAUAAGGGUUCUCACAGUCGUUCUGGGUCUCGCUCACGGUCUCGUUCUCCCAGCAAGCGCAGGUCUCACUCCAGGUCUGGCCGGAAGUCACGCUCCAGGUCGAAGAGAAAGUCUCCAAAGAAGUCUCAUUCACACACCCUUAAAUCACAUAGUCCCUCCAAGAGCAAAACAUCUCGCUCCCACUCAGACGUUCGUAAGUCAUGCUCCGAGAGUAGAUCCAAAACCAAACAGCGCGAAUCCAGAAGCCCUUCUAAAGAGAAGUCUUCUGGUGAGAAGUCCCGAAGCCGCUCAUGGUCCCAUUUAGAGAGUAGAAACGCGAACCGUACCUCAAAAUCUCCUGGCAAGGACCAUAAGCUCUCCAAGUCCCCAGCCAAGCACUCUGCCUCAUGAUCCAGAUCAGUUUCUCAAGACUGACCAUCUGUAACAAUGUACUAAACAAAAUGUAAUGAUAGAAUUCAACCCAGGCCUGUAUUUGAUGUGUACAGAUCAGAAAAUAUUUGUACAUUUUUGAGCCGAUUUGGAGGUCGUGAAAUUGAUGUCUUGUUGGUUUUUACUUUUCCUGUAAUUAUUGAAGCUUAUUGAAGAUUAUUGAAGCUGUUGUAACUCUGAGUAAUGUAUUUCUCAUUUUCCUAAAGUCUGAAUGUAUCAUGCCAGUCUAGCAGUUGACAACAGGCCAGUUUCCUUGAUAUUUUGAUAACGUGUAUUAAGUCCAAAUAGACAAAAGUACAGUACAUACUAAUACAGAUUCACAGUUUGCAUGUUCUGUGAUAGUGUUUGCCUUAUAAAAUCCCAGCCUUCUUCUAGUGGAAAUGGCAUUUUAAUGCAAUCUGCAGCAUUUAUUUGUGAAUAUUGGAAUAAAAUAAUUUUUAAGUCUUCAUUUUUAAAAACAAGCAUCAUUUGCAAAAGUUUUAGAAAAGCCCACUUCAAACCUAACUUAAGUCAUCAGUGCAUUAAAAUAAGGCUCAUGUAGAAAUAAAUGAUUUUCUUUAA